UUGUUGUUGACCAUGUUUACCUUGUAUUUAAUGCAUGUUUUCUCUUAGGGGGUUUUAGGCACUGUUGUCCCUUUUUGACUUGAGUGUAUAGGUUGUGUAUGAAUUCGAAGGAAUAUUUUUCAGUCAAGAUUAAAUCAAAAUGGAGAAACUAACAGACAUAGAAUUAACAUCGGUCCAGUCACAGGAACCUCAGCAUAGAAUGGUCAACAGUAAUGCCAAUUCUAUCCUGAUUCAAGAGGAUGAUGUUGAGACACCGUAUGGAAACUUCCAUGUUGCUAUACAAGGUGACCGGUCAAAGAUGGCUAUUCUUACCUUCCAUGAUAUUGGAUUAAAUCAUAUUACAUGUUUCCAAGGGUUUUUCAAUUUUCCUGAUAUUCAGCAAAUACUGAGACAUUUCUGUGUUUAUCAUGUGAAUGCUCCUGGACAGGAAGAAGGAUCUCUACAUCUAAAACCAGAGCAUGAUGCCUUAGGCAAUCCUGAGUCACUCGGUAACAGAUUUGUCUACCCUUCUAUGGAGCACCUGGCAGAAGGCAUACAACAUAUUGUUGAUCAUUACAGUAUCAAGAGGUUUAUUGGGUUUGGAGUUGGGGCAGGAGCUUACAUUCUUUCAGAAUAUGCUCUUGAACAUCCAGAAAAUGUAGAUUCAUUGGUAUUGAUUAACAGUACAGUUGGUAAAGCAGGAUGGAUAGAGUGGGGAUACCAGAAGUUAAAUUCCUGGUAUCUGUGGAGUGGUCAGAUGACCAAUUUUACUGAAGAUUACCUGCUGUGGCACUGGUUUGGAUAUAAGACAAAAUAUGAAAACCAAGACUUAGUCCAUGUUUUCAGAGAAUAUGUCAAAUCCAUCAAUCCACAGAAUCUCUCAUUGUUCAUUGAAUCAUACCUCAAACGUAGGGAUCUUGGAAUUGUUAGAGAACUUGAUCCCAUCAAAAGGCCACAUGCCAGGACUAUCAAAUGUAGAAGUAUUUUACUUGUUGGAGAUGAUUCACCACACAUUGACCAAGUCACUGAUAUGAAUGGAAGAAUGGAUCCACAGGAGACAGAUUUUAUGAAAAUCGCGGAUUGUGGAGGUAUGCCAUUAGAAGAACAGCCAGGGAAAGUGUGUGAAGCUUUCAGAUUAUUCUUACAAGGCAUGGGAUAUGUGCCAACAUUAAGAGCCCCACAGAAUCCUGCUCAGCAAACACGCCAUAGUCCACACAGAAAAGAUGUUGAUUUCAGCAAAAUUCAACCUGUUUGUUAAUAGAUUGUUUUAACAUGUGCUUGACACUUGAAUAUUGUGAGCUGUAAACAAAAUAAUAGUAGACGCAUAUUUUACAAACAUUGUUUAUUGAAUAAGUUGCAUAUGAUGCUAAUCAUUUACUUACAGAUUAAUGUUGCUUCUUAUUAAUGUGUUUACCAUUAUUUAUUAAUGCAUAAAUUCACAAACGAAGUUGUAGGAAUUGACGAUUAUCCAUCCUUAACGUUAUAAGUGAUAUAUUGGGGUUAAUUGUAAUAUUUCAAUAAAAUAUUACCUUCACAUUAUAAUUGGUAUAAUUAUCAAUUUGAAUACUGUAAAAGGUGAGUUUUGGCAUUGAAACUUUGAUUUAUCAAACAUAUAAUUGUAAGAAUUUCAAAAAGUUCAAUGAAUCACAAUUUUCUGGGAAAUUAUAAUUUUAAAAGGGUUUUCUUAAUGAAUUUAUUGUUUGUCUUCAAUAGGUGUUCCAAUGCAUCAACAAGUUAAAAUUUGUAAUUUGAAGUGUUGAAAAUUGAUAAAAAAAAGAUCUAUUAAAAAUGUGAAGUCCUGAUUGGCUGUCUCUUAUAAACUGGUGUAUAUAGAAAAUCUGUGUUAAUGGCUAUAUAUUCCAUUAAAAUGUAUGUGGGAGGUUAGGAAGGAAUUAUCAAAAUAUCCCUACAACAAAGAACAUUUUUUGGAUAGUUUUGCAUAACGGUAAUAGACACAUACUGAAACUGAAAAAAUACCCAUACCCCACAUUCAAUAAUUAUACUUCCCUUCCUACUCUCCAACAUUCAAUAAUUAUACUUCACUUUCUACCCUCCCACAUUAAAUGGAAUAGCCCUUAUUGACAGACAUCCCCCAGGGAAGUGAGUGCAAUGUACCAUACAUAAACAUGAUAAUUAUUGGAUUGUUGUUGUAUAUACUUCAUUUUUAUAUUGUUGAAUAUUUACGUAAAAAUUGUUGAAAUUCUGUAAAUUUAUAAUUAUAUAUAUUUGUUUCUGUAUAUAUAUUUUUUGUUGUAUUAUUUUUACUGAGUAUAUUUAUACUAUGUUAUGUGAUAACAGACCCAUCCUUAAGUGUGGUGUGUUAUACGAUUGAAACUGUAAGGUGAUAAAACUACUGCUUACAAUUCAAAUGUUUGCAGAUUAAGUUGGAACUUUUUUAAAUAGUUUUUUUUUGUGUGACUAAAAAGUGUUCACUUAAAAUCUUAGAUAAAUGCUAUUUGAACAUGUAAAUGAAUAAAGAUGAGCAAAUGCUUAUUUUCUCUCUUUCUAUGUAAGAUUUUCCAUGUGUAAGAAUUUCUGUGUUACUACUGAAAACUGUUAGAGUCAAGUACAUGUAUUUGUCUGUGUUGUCAGCAAAAGAGAUUAAACUACAUUUUCUUUAUAAUUGAAGUAUGAGCAGAUUAUCUAUUCAUAGGUUUUAUAGAGUUCAAUAUAGACACAGAGAAAUAGCAGUGUUUUGGAACAUAUUGUAUGUUAUAACAAUUUUGUUUAAAUUGUAAAUAUGAAACAAGUUUUUCUGUAUUCACAAGAUCCAUAAAAAGACAAGACAGAAAAAAAUACCGCAAGUAAUCUUUCAAAUUGACUAUGACAAUGUUCCUCAACCCUGACAAGGCUCCCUCAAAAAAAUAUUGUAUAUAUAUGGUAGACUAGGGUCGUCAGUGUCCAGUACUUCAUUUGAGCAUUGUGUUAGGUUAGGUAUUGCCUAUAGUAUUCAAGGCUUAUCAAAUAUUAUUCACUGGAUAAAAUUUUAUACAACUGAACCAAGCUGUUUAAAUAUUUGUAAGUACUUGCACAUUUAUUGGCUUUUUACUUUUAUGUGUUCAAGUUUCCAUGGGAAUUUUUUUAUUAACUAUACAUUGCUCAAAUUUUGUCAACUGACUUUACCUUUAACGAAUCUCAAAAUCAUUUUAUUACAAGGAGAAAAUAAUGGCAUAAUCAGUGAGGUGUUUAUAGUAAAACAUAAGGGAAACUGCCUCAUAGAUAAAUUUGUGUUGUGUUUAUUGUGAUAUUAUUAGUUCAUAUCAAGUCAAGCAUAUUUUUUUUGUAAUUUCCAAGAGUUGCUGUGUUUUAUUUGUGAGCAUUUAUCUGUAGAUGUUACCCUAUGCACACAUUACUUUGUACAUAUAUAUUGACCAAACCAUGUGUAAAUUUAUUUGUAAUUAGAUAUUUAAGCUUUGUAAUGUUUAUUUAUGAAUCAUUCCACAGAAAUUUUUCACAGAAAUCAGCAAUUAAAUAAUUAGAGAAAGUA